CUGCACGUAAAAUGGCGUAUGCGCAUGUCUAAAUUCUCAAAACAAAAUCUUUAGAAAUUUUUAUUUUCUACAUUUUUGGCAAAAUUACAGUUAAAAUGGGAAGUUGAAAUUUAAAGGCAUGGUUAUGUAAGGUGACAUAUGGUAGAUAUUUCAUAAGAAAAUAUAAACAAGAAAGACAGAUCAAGUUGUGAUGAUGGCAGAUCAUGAUAUGAUUCCCGUUCGUGAUCUGAACAGAGAUCCAGCUGGUCAGAUGCGUCGAAUGGUUAAUAAAUGGCAGCGUGAUGAAUUAGAAGAUAAAUAUUUACGUAACUACGAGGAAAAUAUCAUCCUGAAAAAACAUGCCAGAAAACAAGAAGAAAAGAUUAAAAAGAUGGCAACUAAACUGUUGAGACUUGUUAAUGAUAGAAAGAAGUUGGGCGGAGAUGCUAGUAAAUUAAUUGGUGAUGAUAAAAUUAUGAAUGACGAUGUUAUUGAUAAGAUGAAAGAAUUAGAGAAACAGAAUCACCUAUUAAAAGACAAGUUGAUAGUAGCUAAACAACAGAUUGCUACAUUAAAUCAAAGAGUUACUGGAUAUGAAUAUGUACAGGCUAGAAUUGAUACUGGAAUACCUCACAGACCAAGCAGUCCAACAACAAAUAUAAAAAUAUCUCGGAACAUUAGAGUAGCAGGUCCUUCCCAAAGCCUUACACAGAAAAGAAGAUCUCAUAGUCCCACCAUGCAUUAUCAACAAACUAGUUUUGAAGACAUUCAAAUGAAAAAAAGAAUGGAACAAGAAGUGGGUAAUCAAAGAGAACAGAUUGACAUUUAUAAAAGAGAGAUACAGAAUCUUCAUGAACAGAUAAGAAAAAGAGAGAGUGAAUUUCAACAAGAUAUGUCUAAAGUACAACAUCAGAUGACAGCUGAUCACAAGGUUAAUCUAAAAGAAAAUGUUGAUUUAAUUAAACUACAGCGAGAAAUCUCAAGCAAGUCUUCUAAAAUAAUGGAUUUAGAAUCCAAAUAUGCAAGAAUGGAAGAAAAUAUGCAUAUUGUGAAAUCUAACCGAGAUGAGAUGUUAAUGGAAAUGGAAAGAUUAAACUAUAAUUUAAAAGAAGAACAGAAUAAAGUGCUCACUCUUCAAAAUGAAAUUAGAAAUUUUAGUGCUAAAGAGAGAAAAUUAUAUGAAAUUGAAGAAAAAGCAAAUGCUUUAGAAAGGGACAAUGACAUUUUAAAAGAAGCCAAUGAAAAACUUGUUUCAAGUGCAUUUGAUUUAGAAAGAGAAAGAGAAUGGAGACAGAGAGAGAAUCAACUAAAAGUACAGAUAGCUCAAUUAGAGGCUACUAUGAAAGCUGAUCUGGGUGAAAAGGGCAGUAUAAUAGAUCGUUAUAGUAAUGAAAGAGAGAGUAAUGAGAAAUUACAGAGUGAAUUACGAGAAGUACAGAUAAAUUAUUAUCAAAUAAAAGAACAGUAUGAUGAUUUACAAGAAAAGAUGAAAUUCUUUACCAGAGAAAGUGGUGUAGAUUUCACAGAGAUAGAAGAAGCUUUAGUUUUAAUUAAACAGAAGAGACAACGGGAAAUUAAGAAACCUGAGUUCUUACAGCAAGUUGAUGAGGAAAAAGACAAAGAUUAUAAGAAGGGUUUAUUAGAGUUACAAGCAGAGUAUGCUGAAACAGUACACGAACUUGAGAAAACACGUAAUAUGUUGGUGGUACAACAUAAGAUAAAUAAAGACUAUCAACUAGAAGUAGAUUCAUCUAAUCAACGAAUGGAUGAAGUAAAGAAAGAAUAUGAGAUGAAACUAGAAGAAUAUGCUAGAUUGUUAGAUAUCAGAGCUGCAAGAAUCAAGAAAUUAGAACAUCAAAUGAAGGAUGUAGCUUAUGGUACAAGACAAUAUAAGAUACCAGUUGCUGAUUCAGAUAUGGAAUCAACAAUGGAUCUGGAGGAAUCUAUAUCUCUAGAACGUGGACAGAACCUGUUUGAAAUACAUAUACAUAAAUUAAAUCUAUCACCUGAUGCCUUACGUUUGAUAGGAGAUGAAGAACCAUCCUUAUUCUGUACUUGGGAAUUCUUUGAAUUUGAAAUUCAGUCAACACCAGUUGUCAGAGGACCACGACCAGUGUUUGAUUUUACAUCCCAGUAUGUGGUUAAAGUUGAUGAUUUCUUCCUACAUUACCUACAAAAGGAGGCCUGUACCCUUGAACUGCAUCAAUCAUUUGGUCAAGAUUUCCGUACCAUCUCUGCUUGUCGUCUUAUCUUCAGAGAUAUAUUUGAUAAACAACAUGGCCGAAUACAUGGUGUCGCCUCUCUCACCGGUGUUGGAGAUGAAGAGCCUGGUAUAGGAUAUGGUACUGUAGAAUACUGGAUAAGACUUCGAGUUCCCAUGGAACAAGCUCUACGAUUAUAUAAGGAAAGAACGAAAGCUCUGGGUUAUAUGACACACAAUGAUCAAACUGUUAAAGAGAAUCUAAAAGCUUUAGAUGAUGCAGCUAAUACCAGACCUAUGGAUAAUGUUAAUAAACUGGAUAUCAAGAUAAAACAAUGUUCUAGACUUAAAUCACGUAGAGAAAAUGUACAACCAUCACCAUACUGUGUUUAUCGUUUCUUUGAUUUCGGUGAUCAUGAUACAGCUAUUAUACCUAACUCUAAUCAACCUGUAUUUAACGAUCAUAGAUCUUAUCCUGUAUCAAUGACAUCAGAAUUAGAUCAAUAUCUGAGACAAGAGCAUUUGCAGAUAUUUGUUUUUGAUGAUACAGAUCCAGAAGAUAGUAAUUAUAUUGGUAUGGUAGAUGUACCAUUGUUAUCUCUAGCUAAUAAUAAAACAUUAGAUGGACCAUUUGAUCUUAAAGCACCUGAUGGUACCAAUAGUGGUCUAAUAGAAUUAGAACUCAGUUGGCAGUAUUCUUAUAUGUCUACUAGAUCUGGAACAAGACAUCAGCCUAUGGAAGUGACUUUCGAAAAAGAAGAAUCAGCAAAGGCUGCCCAAGAAACUCCACAUGCUAAAUCUCGACUAGCUGCCAGAUUUACUAAUGAGAAAGGUCCCAGUGCUACAUCUACUCCGUUCCCUAAAGCAGUGAAGCCUGUCGUAGCUGAAACACCUAUAAAAGAUGUGGAGAUUUCAGCCGUACAACCUCUACCAGCGCCGAAACCUGUAGCUAGAAAAAAAUUAAUUGAUGAUAAAAGUGAAUCUAAAAUGGUGGAUGAAACUGUGACAGAUGUUGUUGUUGGUUUUAUGCCUGAUGUUACUGAUUCCAUGUCAACAACAACAAAACAAUAUACAGAAACUAUUACCUCAGAAACCACAAUUUCAAGAUCCAUAUUAAAAACAUCCGGGCCAGAAAGACCAGAAACUGAUGAAGACGAAGAAAUAGAGGAUGAAAUUGAGGAGGUUGUGGAGGAGGAGAUAAUUGAGGAUGAAGACGAGGGGAUAGAGGAGGAGACUCCUGUGCCGUCUCCCACCCCUACUCCCCCUUCCAGAUCCUCUCCGCUUAUUAAACAAAGGGAGAGAAAAAAUUUAAAGAAGCCAAAACCCAAGAUGCGUUCAUUAAAAUUUAACGAAUCACUGAAGCCGAGAAGCCCCAAACCAAGCCCGAAACCAAGCCCCAAAGAUAGCCCAAGAUCGGUAUCAAGUUUACAGAGUAAAAAUGGUGAAGAAGAAAUGGAACAAGGAUAUGAAGUUAAAAUAUCUGAAUCGGAAUCCGAACCUCCAAAAAUAGAAACUGAUAGUGAAGGUGUUGUUAUUCGUGGUAAAGUUGCCGAUCGUAAGAGAAUUAAGGACAUCAAAAGGGGAAAUACUGUGAUCAUAGUUGUGUCUAAUCUAUCAUUAGAAGAAGAUUCUAAUGCUGCCCAGAAUGAUAAUAUAAACAGAUUAUAUGUAGGAUAUAGGUUUUUAGGUCUACCAGCUGAUGAAACAGAAACACCGUAUUCUUUACCUAAACCAAGAAAUGGAAAACAUAUCCAAUUCAAUUUUAGCAAAACAAUCCAAGUUGACUUGGAAAGAAAUUAUGACAGACGACAAAAAUUGGCAGCCAUGUUGUUACCUAGUGACCCAGAUAAAGGAAGAUUAAGAUUUGAAGUAAUAAGUGAACCACCACCUACUGAUAAGGAUGGUGAAUGUGAAGAUGUGGGUGUAGCAUUUGUCAGUAUACCAGAUAUUCUACGUUCUAAACAAAAUAUUAAAGAUGAAGAUCUAGAUAUUUAUGAUUUCAAUGAUGAGAAGACAGUAAUUGGUAAUAUGAAGGUUACUGUUGAAUGUUUGGCAGCUUUAGAAGCUAUUGAUAAAGAAUUAGUAGAAGGAACAUUUUAAUUAAAUUUUUUACUCAAUACAUAUUUUAAAGUUAUUUACCCAGUACAUAUUUAGUUUUUAAAUUAUUUUAUUAACUACAAAAUUUUUUUAGUCCCUGUACAUGAUUAGGUGAUACAAAUUAAAGCUAAUAAUAUAAUUUAAACUUGUAGUAUCAUUUGAUUAGCCAAGCUUAGAUUUAUCCUUAUUUUUAUUAUGUAAUAUUAUUGUACAAAGUAAAUUAGAAUACUUGUAUGUUCUAAUUAUAUAGUUUUAUUCAGGUCUAUCGCUAAGAGUUUAAUAUUCUGUUUUAUUCACAUAUCAUAGUCUCUAAUGAAGAAUGUAUCAUUUAUUUUGUUUCAUUUAUUUUCCUCACAUUAAUUAUUCAGUGUUUUUAAUUAUAUUCACAAAGCAAUAGUUAUGACUAUGAGCAUUGUCAGUUCAUUGUCACACUUACUCGAUAAGGUGCUGUUUGAGUAAGUUAUCUUCCCCUUUAAGGUAACAUGAAAACAAACUUUUUCUCGGUACCUGACCGGUUUAGGCUGUUAGAUUUGAUUUAAUUAAAGAACUACAUGUGUCCAAAAAAUUAAUCAAAGGCUGUUGGAGUGAUGCAUAGUUAUAAGUUUGAUAGAAGUAAUGGUACAUAUGAAAUCAGCAGAGGUUGUGUUGACUAUUUUGAUUAGUCUGUCAGCAACUUAAUAGACCAAUGAAAAAAUCUCUCAUAAUUGCUUAAUGCAAUCCAGUGUGAAUAAUGGUCUUUACAAUGGGUUCAGCCUUCAGGAAUAUGUUUUUACUCUGCAUGUAUUUUAUUUGAUAUUUAAGUUCACCAUGUGCUUUGUGGACAUAUUUUUUGUUGAGGAUUAUUAUAUAUAUUAAAUGUUCGAACUACUGUCUGUGAUAUUCCAAAAAUAAUUUGAUGUAUUUAACCGUCCAUGUAUUUUUGUCCUCAUUAAUUUAUUUUAUUUUGUAAAACACUAUUAGUAUAAUAAUGAAAUACAUGUAGACUGUUUAUAUUAUAAGAACAGACAAAUUGUAUAUGUAGUAGCAUCUUUUAAUAAAUACUAGAUGAC